AUGAUCAUUGUGGUGUACAGGGUUGUGUAUGGUUUUAUCUGCCUGUAUGCGCUUAUGCUCGGAGUCACAGUGCAGACACAUCCUGCGUCCUUCAGCGGCGCGUGUGGGAAGGAGAGGAGGGGCAGGAUCACGGGCGGACUGCCGCUACUGCUGCUGCUGCUGCUGCUGCUGCUACUGCUGCUGCUGCUGCUGCUGCUGGUGGUGUCGUUACACCGCGCAGCCACUAUCACCACUCCUGGCUCUACUCCCAUCUCUUUCAUCUCUUUUCCUCAACUUGUCCCGCGCCAGGAUGGACACAUUUUUCCCGCUGUUUUCUCCAAAGUGACUCACGGAGGCGUAAAGCGGACCGCGCUGCUGUAA